CCCCGCUGGCGAUGUUGUGUGGGAAAUUUACGGAGAGGUUUGUGUCCCACUGAACGUAAUUUCUUCUGUGUUUUGUUGACAUAAUGUCAAUGAUAAUGAUAGUUGAUUGUUGAAGGUAUUAUAAGUGCCUAAACAAGAUUAAAAGUGUGAAUAGGAUCACCAGUAGACCACGAAUAAUCAUCAGUAUGUCUAAUAAAGCGCAAAAGUAUGUGAUGAAGAGACCAGCUCCUGAUCAGUGGUCUAUCAGGGAACAGCUGUGUCUGGCCUCGUCCGUGGCCCGCAGUGGCGAUCAGAACUGGGUUGGUGUUAGCAGAGCUAUUAGACCCUUUUCAGAACCACAUAGAACACCAGACUGGUUUUCUCAGAAGAACUGCGCAAUGCAGUAUGCAUAUCUCCUAGAAACAGUUGACUCGCCAAAGUGCAAGCGCAGAAAGGCAGAGAAAGGGGUUGAGAAGCCGUCCGACACGGUAGAGACACCUGGUGACCUGAUCGUGCGACGCUUGACCCAGGACCGCAUAGAAGAGCUGAAAAAACUUGUGCAAGAGGAGCAGCGCACUUACAAGAAGCUGAAGGAUGACAUGGAGCAGGUGAAGGCAGGUGAGCUGGAUGACCGGCUGCCUGAGAUGUGGGCGGAGAUCUGCAGGCAGCGGCGGGCGGCAGAGGAGGCGGCCGAGGCAAGGAGAUUAGUUAUUGAGGCAAAGGCACGCGCCGAAGCUGAAGCGAAGAAGAGACUGCAAGUUAACAAGCCUUUGGAGAUCAUCCAGAAAGCAGACGAGAGUUUCUCUGCUGUUGAGUCGCCACUGAUGGAUCCGCUAUCUGUAGAGGUCACGGACGAUGAGUUUAUCGAGCUGGCCCCCAUUGUUGAUGACAUCACCGUGGCGGACACUGGUCAGCGGACACCUCCUGAAUCUCCUCUGCUCUCAUCGUUGCUCAUGAAUCGCAUGCCUGCGCCCGUCGCCGACCAUCCUCCGCCGAAACCCGAUGAUGUACCGCAUCCCAAGGUAGAAGUACCGUUACCACCAACACCUAUAAAGACGGAAUCUCCAUCUGAGGAACUAGAUGGAAACGAUUUGACCGUCAGCCAGCCAGAUAUUACGCCGAUUGUGACGCCUUCCCCAGAACCUGAAGCUCCAGCGCAAGUAGUAGUCGAGGAAAAGGAAACCAUUGUCAUAGAAACAGAAGAAACUUCAGUUACGGUCAUAGAGGAAACUCCCGCACCGGCUACAAUUGUCGUUGAGCCAACAGUGGACGUGGAAGAGACUGCAGACAUAGAUGUAUCCGUGAACGAAGAAACUGUAGGAGAAGAAGAGGUGCAGGUUCAGGAAGAAUUCGUUGCUAAUACGGACGACACGGCUGAGAUAGCUGAGAUAGUUGAGAUAGUUGAGGAGUCUCCCGUCGAAGUGGUUGACGUGAAGGAAACAUCCGAGACUACAGUUAAACAGGAGCCUGAGGAGCAGGAGCAGGAGCAGGAGCAGGUGGUUGCCACGGACGACGCCGUCAGCAGCGCGGUGUCUGCGGAUGAGGAAGCGUGCGUUAAGGAGGAGCCGCUCUCUCCGGCUAGCAGCGUCUCGUCGAAAGUUAGCGAGCAGGAGGCGGUGGUGCAGCGCAGUGGACGCGGCAAGCGGGGAAGACCGGUCGCCCGGAGGAGUCUCCGCGUGAAGCACAAAGAACCGGAAGCGGAAACCGCGGCAGAGCCGAAACCGGAAUCCACGAGCACUCCGAAGUUGCUGUCUCCGCGAGGCCGCGAGGGGGGGGAGCCGGACGUGAGCGGAUUGGAGAUGGACCUUGAUAGCAUGCAUGCAGACAGCGACGAUAGCAGUUACGUGGGAAGCAAGCGGAAAGAGCUGUUUACCGAUUCCAUACCGAGCAGCCCUGCUUCUACAGUACAUGGAGAGGACUUGGAAUCUGCUAAGGAGCACAGAGCUUGGAAGAAGUCCAUCUUGUUGGUGUGGCGCGCUGCCGCCAAUCACAAAUAUGCGAAUGUUUUCUUGCAUCCAGUUACAGAUGAAAUGGCUCCUGGUUACAGCUCUGUUGUUUUGAGGCCCAUGAAUCUGAUGGGCAUCAAGAAGAGCUUGGAGACGGGGCAGAUUCGCACGACAGUGGAGUUCCAGCGAGACAUGAUGCUCAUGUUUCAGAAUGCUAUCAUGUACAACAACUCCAACCAACCCGUCUUCAACAUGGCGCGCGAGAUGCAGGCUGACGUCAUCCGACACGUGGAGGAUUUCCUCGCGACUCAGCUCAUGGUGCAAGCGACAGACAUAAAAAGUCUCAGAGACAGAGGUCGGGACAGCAUCGGGCUUAGACGCUCAGAGGGAUCCGAUAGGGACGAUGUGGAUCGGCGAGGUCGCAAGUCGAUGGGGGACGCGGCGAUGGAACAUGGCGGCAAGCAGAAGAAGCGUCGCACGAGGGCUGAUGAAUCACAGUGAAUCCCACACACUCUCUCUCUCGCUCUAUCUCUCUCUCUCUUGCCUCCUCCUCUCCCAUCCUCUGCUC